AUGUCUACGGAAGAGACUGCAGAUCCUCUCUUUUGGCUGCUCCAGCUGGAAGCCCUGCUCUGUGAACGCUUCAGAGAGCUCGGGCAUCAAUAUGCGCAGAUUCGGGAGGAGAUUGUCACCCAUGUGGCAAAUGUGAUUGCGGACUCGGCUGAGCAGGACGAAUGGGACGCCUGCAAGUUUACUUGGCUGAUGCUCAGGGAAUGGCAGGACAACGCUCUCACCGACAAGGUAUUCGCUGAAGAGCCGGCACCGCAGCACGUUUACCGCAUAGACGUGGCCAGGAUCGAAUCUCUUCGCUACCUGCCCAAAGAGAGCAGCCUCCGCCCGUGGGAUCACGCCUGUCUCUGCGCGGGGGAACUAUGCAACACCAUUCGCCUUUCCGCCGACAUGCCCGUCGUGCUGUUUAAAGAUGUCCUCGCGCAGAAACGGAUACAGCGUCCUAUCGGACAUGCGCCCCGGGAUGCCGCCCUAAUUGGCAACGGGAGCCAGUCGGGUGCCGCGGAAAUUCCUUUGGUCGACGGCGAUUUUCUCUGUUGGGCCGACUAUUUGGAUCGGCUGGAAUGCGAGCUGGUCAGGGCACGACAGGCUAUUACGGCGGUCAAAAGGCAGAAUCUCGAACUGGCGAGUAAAUUGUCUGAGACGCAAAAUGAAUUGAGCGGAGCCCGAAAAUCCAUGGGUUUAUGA